AUGGCGGUGCCCACGACGAUGCUGCAGGGAGCUGCCAGUUUGACAGCAGUCGCAAGUGCGGUGCUGUUGUCGUCGGUGCUAGUCUCUCUGACUGUGCAUCAUGCUCAGCCAGCGCCGUAUAUGGAUGAAAUCUUCCACGUUCCGCCACAGAAUGACUGCGCCUACAACGUGUCUCACUGGGAUCCGAUGAUUACUACACCACCGGGACUCUACCUGACGUCGGUGCUGUUGCUGCUUCCUUUCAGGCUUGUUACGAACGCUGAAGUAUGCACGCUGUUCGCUUUGCGUUGCUGCAACAUAGUUUUGACGCUGGGAAACUUCUGCGUCUCGUCGUUGAUCGCGAUCAAGCUUGCCGGAGCCGCUGGAAACAAAGUCCGCGCGAAGCUCGUCCUGUCCAGCGCCGCAAUGUCGUUGCUACCGGUGCUGCACUUCUUCACAUUUCUCUAUUACACCGACCCGGGAUCCGUACUCUUCGUGCUGCUCAUGUACCUGUACUCCCUGUUCGAUCGUCACUACGUCGCUGCGUGCUUCGGAGCUGUAGCCGUGCUGUAUCGACAGACCUCCGUCGUGUGGGUAUUCAUGGUCGCCACCUGCAGAGCUUUGGAAAUUGCCGAAAGUGUGUUUACUGCGAGCGACAACAAACCCGAGGGCCUUACGUGCGCCGUCGCCGCGAUCGUCUCCGCUCCGAUGAAACAAGGGCGCCUCAUCGCGCACAUUGCGAGGAUAGUGCUGAGUGAGUGCGCGGGUUACGUGGUCGUGGGGCUGUCGUUCGUAGCUUUCGUGCUCGCGAACGGCGGAAUCGUUCUCGGCGACAAGUCUUCGCACCAGGCGUGCGCGCACCUGCCGCAGCUCGGCUACUUCGCGCUCUUCACGCUCGUUCACGCCGCUCCGUACUUGUUGCAGCCCGGCAUUGUCAAGCGCUUCUUCGAAAGCGUUCGCCGAAGGCCUUUCUUAUACGCGGCUGUUACUUUAGCCUGCCUUCUGGCCGUGCAAAACUUCACCCACGUUCACCCGUAUCUAUUGGCGGACAACCGGCACUUUCCCUUCUACCUUUGGAGGCGGCUGUUGGGCAGGAACGAGCUUGUUCGCUGCUGCCUAGUGCCGCUCUACAUCUACGCAGGAUACGCCAUGUCUCACCAGCUGCGCCAUAAGGAACCGUGGUGGCAGCUUCUGUUCUUCGUGUGCGUCGUCGCGUCCACGGUGCCCCAGAAGUUGCUAGAAUUCCGCUACUUCGUCGUUCCCUAUCUGUACUUUCGGCUGCAGUUGAAAGACGUCAAGUAUUGGCAAGUGCUCGCGGAACUAGUUGCCAAUAUUGCUGUCAAUGUAGCCGUGCUGUGGCUGUUCUUAAACCGCACGUUUACGUGGACGGGUGAGCCGGCCGUUCAGAGGUUUAUGUGGUGAUUCGCCAAAUAGUGUUCAAUCUGCAUGUUGUCUACUUUGCCCAAAAAGUGAUAUUGUGAUCUCGCCUGUUGUCAACAGGCCAACCUGAGUGACGGAGGAGCUGGAAGUGAUGGGAAAUAUCGCAACCCACCAGCACACAGUCACGAAGAGAGCAAGAAGGAAGCACACACAGCAGUACUGCUUAUAAUCAUUGUGCACUAGUGGAUCGCACUGUUACACCCACAACUCGGGUUUUCAAUGUGCUGAAAAAAAGUCAUGAGUUCCUAUUGCUUUGCAGGGCUGCAUCCAGUGGACACAGAUCAUGAUUGAUGUUAGAUGAGUUGCUUCUCUCAUCAUCAUUUUCCUAUUUGCCAUUAAGUUUAUAUGAAAUCAUCAAUAUAAAAACUACAAUUCACUGUGGUACGAUGCA